GAUUCCAGAAAGAUGGUACUUCGAGGGUCUUUGAGCUUUAAUGGGAGGAAAAUGGACACUGUUCUUCCCAUUGAUCCUUCUUCUUCUAUGCCUGCAAAAGCCUUUGAAAAUCCAACUCCGGAAUCGAACAUAUUUGGGCCGGAAUCUCCGUUGCCGGACCCUCUUAUGAACCGUCAUCUUGCAGCAUUGAAGCUGCAGAAAACAUACAAAAGUUUCAGAACCAGAAGACAGUUAGCUGAUUGUGCCAUACUUGUUGAGCAUAGAUGGUGGAAGCUGUUAGAUUUUGCCGUGCUAAAGUGCAGCUCGGUAUCAUUCUUUCAAAUCGAAAAACCAGAGACCGCUGUUUCACGUUGGUCAAGAGCAAGAACCCGAGCCGCAAAGGUUGGAAAAGGGUUGUCACAGCAUGCAAAGGCAUGUAAACUCGCCUUACAACAUUGGCUCGAAGCGAUUGAUCCCCGACACCGUUAUGGUCAUAAUCUUCAUUUUUAUUACGUCAAAUGGCUUCAAUGCCAGAGUACACAACCCUUUUUCUAUUGGCUUGACGUAGGGGAAGGCAGAGAAGUAAGUCUUGAAAAAUGCCCACGGCCGAAGCUUCAACAGCAAUGCAUCUCGUAUCUCAGUCCCAUAGAAAGGGAGGCGUAUGAAGCUACAGUGGAGGACGGGAAGUUCAUGUACAAACUGAGCCGGAAGCUUCUCGACACAAGAUCGGGGCCGGCUGGUAGCAAGUGGAUAUUCGUGCUUAGCACGUCGAAUAUUCUGUAUGUCGGAAUGAAGCAAAAAGGGAAAUUUCAGCAUUCGAGUUUUCUGGCUGGUGGAGCUACAUUGUCGGCCGGACGGUUAGUGGUUAUAGACGGGAUCUUGAAGGCGGUCUGGCCUCACAGCGGACAUUACCUCCCAACCGAAGAAAACUUUGACACGUUUAUGUCGUUUCUCGAGCAACACCAGAUUAAUAUCCAAACUGUCAAGAGAAGCCCAGAAGAUGAGGAAGAAAUCAAUGACGAGAAAGUGACGGGAUACGAGAUGCGAAACAGCGUUUCCGAGCCUGAUAUCACUCGAGCUACAGAAGAAACUGACCGCAAAGAUUCUAAACAGUCGCUGGAAAGGCACGGCACUUGUCCACCAUUGUUGUCAAGAGGUUUGAAUCCAAAGAUCACUGCACUUGAAAUCCCAAAAAAGGAAGACAUCAUUUUGGCCUUCCAGAAGAAAGGUCCGGAAUCUCAACCUGAACCCGAGCUCGAACCCGAUAGUGACGACGACGAUGACGAUGACGAAACAACAGAAGAUUUUUUAUCGAGUAUCGAACUCAUGGUUUCGAAACGAAACUUGUUCGAUUUCAGGGAAGAUGCGUACGAUAAAUCGAUCCCAGAAGAGAAGAUCAUGAACAGGAUAAACUCACAUAAAGAAACAAAGUCUCUUCAGUUGGCGAAGCAACUUAGUUGCCGGUGGUCGACCGGAGCCGGGCCCCGGAUCGGGUGCGUACGGGAUUACCCGUCGGAGCUACAGUUCCAGGCGUUGGAGGAAGUGUGUUUGUCACCCAAAACAUCAUCUUUUAGAUUUGGGAAUACUAAUGGUGAAAGAAGUAACAUGAGGAAGAAAAGCUAUUCUAUGGAUAAUGCAUGCAUGCCAAAUAUAGAAGCACCAUGAGAGCAUUUCAUUUAAAUUGGGUUUUCAAGAUUUCUUGAAACUAACAUGUGUUUAUUAUUUCUUUCCACUUUUGGUAAUUUUUCGGUUUUUUAAUCGUUCGUACUUAAAAUACCCGGUU